CAAAACAGCUGAGUGGCUCUUGACUUCAGCAUAUUUCCAUUAAUAACUGGAAUAUGGAGGAAAAUAAGAGAGAAAUCUUCUAUCGCUUUCAAUGUUCACAUAGUUGGCAAGGACAUAGUAUCUAUUCAGACUUUUUAACUUUCCACAGUCACUACAAUAUUGAACCAAGGUGCCUGUCCUCCUUAAAAGAGAGAGCUAGUUAGCAAAGACAAUACACAAAGAAACUAAUGGGGCUAUCUGUUCUCACUCCUUUACUUCUAUUAGUCAUUUUCUCUUUGUUGCAGAUGCAUACCAUUGCCAACAAAAAGUCUUAUGUAGUGUACCUAGGAGGGCAUUCACACGGACAAGACCCUUCAUUGAUGGAUCUUGAUGGUGUGACAAAUUCUCAUUAUGGUUUGCUAGGGUCUAUCUUGGGGAGCAAUGACAAGGCCAAGGAAGCAAUCUUCUACUCGUAUACUAGACAUAUCAAUGGCUUUGCUGCAAUCCUCAAUGAGGAAGAAGCAGCACUGAUUUCAAAGCACCCAAAUGUUGUAUCAGUUUUCUUAAACAAGGGGAGGAGAUUGCACACAACAAGGUCAUGGGAUUUUCUUGGACUAGAGAGAGAUGGAGUAGUACCUUUGGGCUCAAUUUGGCAGAAGGCAAGGUUUGGUGAAGAUACAAUAAUUGGAAACCUUGACACUGGUGUUUGGCCUGAAUCAAAGAGCUUUAGUGAUGAAGGGAUUGGUCCCAUCCCAUCAAAGUGGCGUGGAAUAUGUCAGCAUGGAAAUAAAGACAGAGUCCAUUGCAAUAGGAAGCUAAUUGGAGCAAGGUACUUUAACAAAGGUUAUGCCUUCUAUGCUGGGACUCUCAACUCCUCCUUUUUCACUGCACGGGACUAUGAUGGCCAUGGCUCUCACACCUUAUCAACAGCUGGUGGUAACUUUGUUCCUGGAGCUAGUGUUUUCAGCCAUGGCAAUGGCACUGCAAAGGGUGGAUCACCAAAAGCCAGAGUGGCAGCUUACAAGGUAUGCUGGCCGCCAAUUUAUGGUUUACAGUGCUUUGAUGCAGACAUCAUAGCUGCCUUUGAUGCUGCAAUAAGUGAUGGCGUUCAUGUGCUUUCGGUCUCUCUGGGUGGGGCACCAGCUGAAUUUUUGGAAGAUGCAAUUUCAAUAGGGGCUUUCCAUGCAGUUAAGCAUGGCAUUCUUGUUGUUGGUGCUGCAGGAAAUUCAGGACCAGAUCUAGGGACUGUAACAAAUGUGACACCAUGGAUGUUAACGGUUGGUGCUAGCACAAUUGAUCGAGAGUUCACAAGUUAUGUUGCUCUGGGUAACAAGAAACACCUCAAGGGAGCAAGCCUUUCUGCUACAGGCCUGCCAUCUCAAAAGUUCUAUCCAUUGAUCAGUGCUGCAGAUGCUAAAGCUGCUAAUGCAUCUGCUACAGAAGCCCUGCAAUGUAUGCCUGGAAUGCUUGAUUCCAGGAAGGUGAAGGGGAAGAUCUUGUUCUGCCUUCGAAUGAAUAAUGAAAGAACUGUAAAGGGCGAGCAGGCUGCUCUAGCAGGUGCUGUUGGGAUGAUUUUGGCUAAUGAUGAGCUAAAUGGAAAUGACGUUCUAGCUGAGACUCAUUUGCUUCCUGCUUCACAUAUCAAUUUCACUGAUGGCAAAUAUGCCAUUGCCUACAUCAACACUACCAAGAACCCUAUGGCUUACAUGACUCACCCAAUAACACAACUGGGAACGAAACCAGCUCCAAUAGUAGCUCAGUUCUCAUCAAGAGGACCCAAUAUGAUUCAGCAAGCAAUCCUCAAGCCUGAUGUCACUGCACCAGGGUUGGACAUAAUUGCAGCUUACACCGAAGCAGAUGGGCCAACUAAUCUAAUAUUUGAUAUGCGCCGGAUACCUUUUAACUCACAAUCUGGCACUUCCAUGUCAUGCCCUCAUGUCUCUGGAAUUGCCGGGCUUCUCAAAACACUCCACCCUGAUUGGAGUCCAACAGCUAUUAAAUCUGCAAUCAUGACCACCGCAAGUACAAAUGAUGACAACAUGGAGCCAAUGCUGGAUGCAUCCUACCUCAAGGCAACACCAUUUGCCUACGGUGCAGGAAAUGUUCAACCAAACCAUGCCAUGGACCCCGGACUCAUUUAUGAUCUAACCAUAUAUGAUUAUUUAAAUUUCCUAUGUGCUCAUCACUACAACAAAAGCCAAAUCAAUUUAUUCUCGGAUAAGCCUUAUGCAUGUCCUAAGUCAUUUAGUCUAGCAGACAUUAACUACCCUUCAAUAGCUGUCCCUAAUCUUUCUGCAGAUUCAGUGAUUAUUACUCGUAUAGUUACAAAUGUAGGUUCUCCAGGUACGUACAGAGUGCGUGUCAAAGCACCUGCUGGAGUCUGGGUCACAAUAAAACCUAGGAGAAUGAAAUUUAAGGUAAUUGGAGAAAAGAAGAAAUUCAAGGUGAUUUUAAAACCUAAGGUUGGGGGUAAGCCUAGAGGGUAUGUUUUUGGAGAAUUGGUAUAGUCAGAUGGCAAGCACCAUGUCAGGAGUCCACUUGUGGUGAGGCACACUGAGAAUUGAUAUUUACAGACAUAAAUGUCUCGUCUUUUUCAUUGGAAAAAAGAUUUGUUUAUGUAAUGCUUUUAAUAUGGCAAAUAAAUGGGUAGUUAUUAAGCAAGUCAUUAGUUUUGUUACCUUCAGCUUUUUAGGCCUAAGUGUAUUUUCCGAUUGCAGCAGAAUGUCAAACCCAGAACAUUAAUCAACUAUUUGUAACCCAGACAAAAAAAUGAAAUAGAAUAAAUAAAGUCAAAAACCAAGAAUAUUCUGGUUUCUUUC